CACUUAUUUUCAAUAAGUCGGUUGGGUAUAAGGUCCGUGGGUUUUUCUCAGCAAAAUGUUUGGAAUGGUUCGAGUCUAAAAAAUUUUUUCCAAAAUGGAAAAUUUUGACUCCGAAAUAAGUAGUUUGGAAGAGGAGUCUGGCUUAUUAAACUACGAAACCUCAUCUGACAGGCGCUCCGAAAUUAGUUUUGAUGAAUUUGCUGAAGAUACUCGUUCCGAAUUAAAGUUUGAAAGAGAAUUGGAAACUGAACAAGAAAAAGACAAACGAACACAAAUUGAAAACGCUUUGACAGGGAAUCAUCAUCUAUUAAAAACAUGGCGAAAUUUAGCUAUUAGCCAAUUUGGUUUAGUUGGCGAUGAUUUAAGGUUCAAAGUGUGGCCAUUAUUACUAGAAGUUGAUCCAAGUACUGAUGAAAAAAUACCAUCUUUAGAGGAAUUGUCGAAUCAUCCAGAAUAUCAGCAAGUUGUUUUGGAUGUAAACAGAUCUCUCAAAAGGUUUCCACCUGGUAUUCCAUACCGCCAAAGGGUAGCCUUACAGGAUCAGUUGACUGUUUUAAUAUUACGAGUUAUUAUGAAGUAUCCUCAUCUGAGAUAUUAUCAAGGUUAUCAUGAUGUUGCUGUUACUUUUUUAUUAGUGGUAGGAGAAGCUGUUGCAUUUAGGAUAAUGGAGAAAUUGAGUACUGGGCAUUUAAGAGAAUGUAUGGAACCCACUAUGGAAAAAACAGAUUAUAGAUUAAAUUAUAUUUAUGCUCUGUUAUAUAAAGUAGACAAAGAUUUGUAUAACUUCAUGGAUAGUGCAGGUGUUGGUACAAUGUUUGCGCUUCCAUGGUAUUUAACAUGGUUCGGGCAUUCACUGAACCAAUACAAAGAUGUAGUUCGCUUAUAUGAUUAUUUUUUGGCAACACCAGCACUUAUGCCAUUGUAUGUUGCUACAGCCCUGGUUAUUUAUAGAAGAAAUGAAGUUUUCGAAGCAGGCUGUGAUAUGGCUAGCAUUCAUUGCCUUCUCUCUCAAAUUCCUGAUAACGUAAACUUUGAAAUCAUUCUAAAGAAUGCUUCAGAGUUUUACAAAGAUUAUCCUCCAGAAAUACUGGAAAAAAUAGUUAAGGAGCGAGUGAAAAGGGAAAUGAAUCGACGGAAGAGAGAGGAACAGAUUAUGCGCAACAGAUUAAGCCGAAAUAAAGGGCUGUGGGUUCGGCUGAAUCGGAACAUGCCAUCUUGGUUGAUAUUCACUAACAGAAGUAAAUAUGGGUUGCUUUUUGCAGCAGCCACAGUUAUCAUUGGUUAUUUGUAUUGCAUAAAAUACAAUGAAGUCCGAUUUCCAUUUAUGAGUGGAUUAAAUACUUGACACAUAUUGUCUCUAGGAUCCAUGAGAAGUAUCAUACAGCAGAGAUUUUAUACAAGUUUUUAAUAUUCAUAUAAAACUCCUUUAGAAUAGACUUAAGUGAUUUUUCAUAAAUGUAUCUGGUCGGUUCUGCAAAUAAUUUAUUUUUUAAUAAUAUAGGGUAUUUAAUUUCAAAAAUUUUGUGAAUCUUCAUUAAAAAUUUUCCAACAAGAAGGGCAAAGUACAUUUAUCAAAAAUAGCCCAAUACAAAUCCUUGUAUGUAUGUAUUAUAAUUGUACUUUAGUUUGGUGGCUGUUAUUUAUAGUUUGUAUAGUCCAAAAGUCUGGAUUUCAUUUAGUCAUAGUUUAUGAUUGUGAACUAUUUUUAAUGUUAUUAUUGAAAUGCAUUUAUUAAUUUAUAAGAGUACCAUUUAGUAAGUAGGUAAUGUAUACUUUUAUGCAAUGUACACUUUGUUUAAAAUAAGAGUUCUUCUCAAUUUCCUAAAUAGUGAACUAUUACUAGAAAUUGUUAUUUUUUGAAGGUGCUAAUCUGCCGGAUAUUCAGUUUAUCAAAAGUUGGAAAAAUCAAAUUGUAGUUUUCUAAAAUUAAAAUAACUUGGUUCAAAAUUGGUAUUUUAUUUCAAAUCAAAUGUUCUCCAAAAUAAAAAUAUAUUGAAAUUAUUUUGAAAAUGUUUGCUGUUUUGUACGCCUUCAUUUUUUUCUAUAAAAUUCAUUAGAUUAAUUAACUUGUAAUGGCCAACGGGAUUCCCAGAUUUGAGGCCCCUUCAAAAUAACCGAAACCGAUUCCAAAACACGGGAAGAUUGUAAAAUAAUUUGAAUUCUCUGAACUGUUCUGUUUUUGAGGAAAUGUUAUUGAAAAUAAAACACCAAUUUUGAAGUAACAUGUAUAGAAAAUAUAAACUCCAUAGCACCUUUAGCACCUGAAAAAGUAAUAACUAUUAGUAGCACAGCCACUUUUUCGUAAAAACCUUCAAAAGAGAACACAGUGGAACUUUGCAUAAGGUAUAUAUGGUGAUAUAGGUUCAAAAUAAUCUCAGCUAUUACCAAGUGAAAACUUUCUAUUCAUGUGCAAAACACAAUGUAUCUAGCUUUUUAUUUUAUGAGUCAUCCGUUUAAUCACGUCCACGCAUGGCCUCGGCAACUUCGUUCCGUGACUUUUUGGUUAGUUUUCUUCUUUUCAGUUUGUUCAUUUAACGAAGUAUCUUUGUAAUUAGUAAAUCAUUUCCAUGGCUUUAAAUUUUUUCCUUUAAUUGGUUUUCACAAAACUAUAUGUAAUUUUAUUUUUCUUUUUUUAUCUUUUGUUGUAUGUGUAAAUUAUAUUAAAUAAUAUAUUAGUGAUAAGGACGGUAAAAAUUGAUGCGCCUCAAGAGAUUAUGAUAUUUUAGGUUUUAUUGGUUCACUCGAAACGACAAAUUUUAUUGAAUGAAAACAAAGAUUUGAAGUGACCGCGCAUGCAAAUAUUGAAUUGAACUGAGGUGGCUUUUACUUGAUAAAGAUCCGUUUAUCAAAAUAAAUAAGGACUAAAAGUUCAGAUUUUCACGAAAUUAUAUAUUUUCACAUGACAAUUGUUUCGACAACACCGUGUCUUUAUCGAAAUACAUUUGAUAAAGACACGGUGUUGAUAUAAUUUCGUGAAAAUCUGAACUUUUAGUUCUUAUUUAUUUUCAAAUAUUGAAUGGCAGUUUUCAACAUUUUCUGCAUGGUGGUUUCAAAAGUUUCUGUAUUAUCUGCAGGGCUUCUAUAUAUUUAUACCCUAUAUGCUCGCUAGAGUCUUUUUUGUUGUCCAAGCCAAAAUUUCUGCUAUUAUUUCUACCGCAACUAAUAUGCUAUUAUUGAGAGCUAACUCUGUGGGUAUUUGUAGCUGCAGCUUUAUUGUUCAAUUAUUUUAUCUACUUGCACCUCUGAUAUUUGUUGAUUAUUUGUAUCUGGUUCGUAAUUGAGUGUGAAUAGGACUAGAAAUAGGGUUGCCCAAUCAAAGCACCGUUUCCUUCAAUAUUUGAGCAUAUAACAUUUUCCGCUCCGUCAUCGGUUGUUGAUGAUUUCUCAUAAAAAAUUUCCCUCUGUCAAACGGUUUUUGAUAAAUGAAAUAAUACGUGUCUCACGACACUAUCAGAAAAGUGCACGAUGCAAAUGACUCCAACAAAAAAGAAAAGUUUAGUAUCUAUUCAGUCAAAACCACAAUUUGGAAGCUACUUGUUUUUAUGUUGAAAACUUCUAUUUUUUCCAAGAAAUGUAAUUUUGAAGAUAUUUUUAAGAUACAAAAAUACAUAGUGUCAGCAAUACUUCUGCGAAAAAUCAUAAAAAUCAUUUUUCAAAUAUCCUUCUAAUUUCAAUUUUAGGUAUCAACUGCGGACAGACUAUUGGUUUUCAAACAAUUGAAAACUAAAUGAAUGUCCCAUGGUCUCGAAAUAGAAUGAAGUUUCAGUAAAAGUCGCAUUGUUUGGCUCAUUAGCCUAGCUACAAAUUCUGUCAAUAAUACUGGAAAUUAAUUUCUACAAAGUAAUAACGGACCAGAAACUGCAUUACUUUUAUAAAGUGUUUCAGUUCAAAUAUCAUUGUUUGAAGAACCGGCAACGUCGAAUCAAUGAAAACAACGUUGUCUAGUUUUCUAUCGGCAAUUGAAUAAAACCCUUUGGCGGUAAAAGUGUUACCAUUAGUUUGGAAGUAUAAAAAUGGGAGUGGUUAGAUUGUUUUCAUAUUUGUCACAUUUGUUUCAUUUAAAAAAUAGUUCGUUUGGUAUUGCUUACAAAUCAGUGCUAUGGAUUUAUCUGAGGGUUCAACAUUAAAUGAAAAGCUUACGCUUUUCAAAUCAAAACACAAAGCAAAUUGCUCUGUUUGAUGGAUGUCGCUCAAGAAAUAUUAAAUCACAAUAAUUGUUUUUGAUGUAAGUAAACAUUUUUUUUAAACCUGCCUAAUACACUUUCACGAUUUACUUGCAACUUACCGACAAACCACCUUUACAAAUUACAACGCGAUUUAUGGAUAGUUGGCAUUUAAUUGACCCUUAAUUUCAAAGGGAGUGCUUUUAGUUUUAAUAGAUUGAAGGCAAAUUGUAAGAAUGUUCUUUAAGUUACCUGUUCCAGCAGUAGACCCAAUUAAAAUUACAUGUUUUGCAUUUCGUAAUGCUUCGCCGUCUAAAAAACUUUACUUUAUUGUCGCUUAUGCGGCUAGAAUGAGAUGGUCUAAGAAUCAAUGGUAACAUGAACACUAGUUAAAAGUAAAACGACUACGUUUGUUUACUGUUACCAGCGCCACCACCAGAAAAUAAAUUCAGGAAUAAUAGGCUGACUUGCCCUCGAUGCACCUCAAUGUUAUAGAUUCUUUUUUAGUAGGCGAGUAAUAGUAGUUCUUAAUAGAUUUGUGAAAAAUUGCAAAUUUAUCAGCAACGAAUUUGCCACCUUUCUAAUCAAGACCACAAUUAAUAAUGAAUAAUUUGAAACAUUUCGCGGAGUACAUCAGAAGUAUCUCUAAAUAAAAAUUAUUGGCGCUACCAAUUUGAUUGAGUUUGAUUGAUUGAUAUUUUUAAAUAUUCCUCAGUGAAAGAUUAGCGUAUUUUCUAUUCCGAUUUUUAUGUACUGUUUUGGGUACCAUUGUUAUAAUUCUUUUUUAAUUUUAAUUUAAUAAUAAUAAGUUAAACAACAAUAAUCUUUUUACGAAAGAACUAUUCAAAUUGCUGAAUUUUGCUAUGUUACUUUAUUUUUUACGUUUUUCUUUGUUAAUGAUUGAAGUAAAUAUAUCGUUUUGCAAGUGGCAUAAAAUAUGAGAAUAAACAUUUAUUUUAUUGAA